GCGACACAGUGAGAGACAUGGCGAAGUAGCAACUUGUAAUGACACUCAGUACUCAGCACUCAAGCACUCAAAGUUAUUCUGCAUAUAUUAGCAGGCCCUUGACGAUACUUCGACGUACCGAAGGCAUACAUGGGCAUCGAAUAAGAGGACAGCCAGCAUCCUUUGCCUCCUUCCGUCAGACUGUCUGAGGAUCAAAUGACAGUACCACAGUAUUUGACAGCCUGGCGGCUCCCUGGAAUCUUCAUGAUGUUGGUGUGAAUGUCCACAGUGCAUAGCGUAUAAGCGCAUCCUCUUUGGGCCCUAUUCCUUCAAAGUGUCCUCUGGAACCGAUCUUCCACUUGAUGUACCAAGGUUUCCCUGUUUCUGAUGAGUUGGAGUUAUAACGGCAUCUUGGUCGCUUCGAGACUGUAUAUGCAUGCAGAUGAAUCGCACACAUUUUCGCAUAUCCGAGAUGAUAUUCUGCCUCACACUGUGUGCUCUACCAUUUGCAUUCUUCCUAUGGCUCAGACGUUCCGUGAAGGGUCGUUUACCUCUCCCUCCUGGACCGAAGGGUUAUCCUUUCAUUGGUAAUAUGCUUGAUAUGCCAACUGUCACCCCAUGGAAAGUGUUCCAGGAAUGGUGCAAGGUUUAUGGCGACGUCAUCUAUUUGGAUCUCCCUGGCCGACCAACAAUCGUUUUGGGUUCCGUGAAGGUUGCUGUGGAACUUCUGGAGAAACGCUCAAGUAUCUACUCAGAUCGAGCUGUUUUUGUAACGGAUAAGCUGCUGUCCUGGGACUUCAACUUUGCCUUCAUGCCAUAUUCUCAGACGUGGCGCAAUCAUCGUCGAGCUUUCCACCAGUAUUUCAACCAAGGCGAAGUACAUAAGUAUCAUCCAAUUCAGGUUCGAGAAUGUCGUGCAUUUUUGCAGCGAAUGUUAGAUUCCCCAGAGAAUAUAGCGCAGCAUGUUCGUCAGAUAUAUACAGCGAUUAUUCUGAAGAUCGUCUAUGAUAUGGAAGUCACGGGCAUGAACUGCGAAUACGUUCUUCUGGCACAAGAAGCUAUGAUGGCUCUCAAUAUUGCGAGGGUUACUGAAGCAUCUUGGGUGGAAUAUCUGCCAAUUCUGAAGCAUAUUCCGAGCUGGGUUCCUGGUGCUCGCUUCAAGAAGUUAGCAGAUCGUUUCAGACCUGUUGUCGAGACAAUGCGUGACAAGCCUUUUAAUCAAAUAAAGCGAGACGUUGCAAAUGGGAAAGGUUCUUCCUCCGUUUCCGGCAAAUUACUCAAAAGGCUGCAAGACCGAUUUGGGGAAACAGAACUGAACCAAGAGCAAGAGGAGAUAGCUCGUAAUGUUGCAGGUAUAGCUUAUGCCGCCGCAGCUGAUACUACUACUUCUGCUGCACAGUCUUUCUUCGUUGCAAUGAGUCUAUACCCCGAUGUUCAAAGAAAGGCGCAGGCCGAACUUGAUCGCGUCGUCGGUCCUGAUAGACUUCCAGAUUUUAACCAUCUUGACGAGCUUGUCUACAUUCAGGCCGUUGCUUUGGAAACCAUGCGUUGGGCAGUAGUCACACCUCUGGCCAAUCCUCAUAGAUUACUUCGUGAUGAUGAGUUCAAUGGCUUCUUCAUUCCGAAAGGUACGACAGUGCUUCCUAAUGCAUGGGCCAUGUUGCAUGAUCCGGAUGAGUAUCCUGAUCCAGACGAGUUCAAGCCUGAACGAUUCAUCAAGGACGAACAACUGGAUCCCAACGUGCGUAGUCCUCUGAGUAUCGCAUUCGGGUUUGGGCGGCGAAUUUGCCCAGGACGACAUUUGAGUGGAUCAUCGCUAUUUCUUACAAUCGCAUCAGUCUUGCAUACUUUGAGCAUUCAGCCUGCUCUUGGACAAGAUGGCAAAACUAUAGACCCGUCAACCAUGAUGAGUACGGGCAUAAUUUCGAGUCCGAAGUGUGUCCCGUGUAUUGUCAAUCCCCGCUCUGCCAAUGCGGAACAUCUUAUUCGUCAUUGGAAUUCCACCGCGAGUGAGUAGGUAAUAGGUGGCCGUAGUGUUAAAGGGAGCCUGGUGCUUACUUGAAGCGUCACCAUGAUCAACAUGACAAAAGUUCAACCCCAUCCUGACGUUUUCGGUCCAGGGCAAUCGACUAGCUACGAUGUUGAAGCUUGACUGCAUCCAUAAAACUAAGAUUGACUGGCGGAUUCUAGAGUAUCAUUGACAUUUCUCACAGUGCCACGUGUGAUUCCUGUACAGGGUUAGUUUCAUGCUCCAAUAAUUUUGGGAGUGCUCAGU